AUGGUCCGAAAUGGCAGCCCGUCUCCGGCGGACAAUUUUCCGCUAGGCCAUUCAGCGACAUCCCCUCAACCGCAGCCCUCGAAGCGCGACAAACGGCGCAACAUGCUCGCUGAGAAGCUUGCGGAAAUGAUGGCGUCCUUCUCGGACAACAGAGAUAGCCACUAUCGCGCUCAGUUGGCUGCGCUACAAGCUGACAUCAACCUGAUUAUGAAGGCUGACCCUUAUGCGAACCAACCGCUCGAGGAUAAUGGAGAGGAGGCCUCGGAGCUUAUCGCGCAGAUUAUGGGCAACAACGUGCCGUCUGCGCCCAGUGCUGGCACAGAUUAUAUCGCACAAUGCGGAAAAUACUACUCGCGCUUUGUCGACGCGGUCAAUGAUGCGAUGGAGGAGCGGGACUACAAUCUCACCAUGCUCUGGAACAAGCACGAGAACACGAAGAACGAAAUCGAAAAUUCACAUUACUACAAAGUCCAAAUCGCCGAAGAGGAACACAAGUUGCUGGCCGCCACCAUUCGGGAGCGUCUCGUAGCCAGCAUACAGCAGCGAACAAACAGACUGAAGCGAGAGAAGGAACAACUUGACUUGUCCGACAGCAAUGCGAUGCUUCUCCACCCCAAUCAAUACAGCAUUGGAAACCCCGCCAGUCCCGGCGGACCGCAAGCGCCUCGGAAAACAAGAAGGACAGGACACAAGUUCGGGGACGCUGAAGAGCUGGCUGCAGCCAACGAAACCAAGCGCAAGAGAAAGUUGUUUGAGGAUCAGGACAAUGAUUCUGCUAAUGCCUCUGCCCGUGCUAUCGAAAUGGGGAUUGGCUCUCCGUUCCGUGAAGCCAAGGCGCGUACUGUCAAUGCACAGUUCGAGUCAUCUGCCUACUCUCUUGAACGCUUGUUCACCGAGAAGGAGCUUAACAUGGCUAUGAAUCAAGCUACAACAGCCGCCUCUCACUUCUUUGCAAAGAUGAAGAACACAGAAGCUGCAACACAAGAGGCAACAACGAACGGCAACACCAAUGGCACCAAUGGAGAGCAUGCUUCUGAAAAUGGCGACCCUAUGGACCAAGACCAGGACUCGGAUGACAUACCAGGCGCCUCUGACAUGGUGCGCCAGCACUCGUCGAAUCCCCACGCCACACGCGGUGCUACCCGGUCUGCACUCAAUCCUACGGCAGCCAUAGUCAGUGGACAAAUACCACCAUUCAUCUACAAUCCGCCUUUUGUGCUGGAUGCAAAGAUAUUCCAGAAGAUCAACGCGUCGGCGCCUCCGCCGCCCUCGCUCUCGGCACAUGAUGUGGAACAGGAUCUGAAGCUGAUGCUAAGGGAAGCACGGCCGGAUGAUGAUCUGAAUGAGAAGCUGUUGCAGGCUGCAUGCAACCCGGUCAAAGCACGGGACUACCAGGUCCAGCCGCCGAACUUCUCUGAGCCAGUCAACGAGAUGACGAGCGCACUACGCAGUACCGCACCACACCUGGAAGUAGGAGCAGGACUAGGGGGAGUGCCCAUGAGCGCGCAGAGCAGUGCUGCAGGAUGGUCCGAAGGUGGUGGAAACACGCCGAUAGGACGCAACGGAGAGAGAGAGUCGCUUGCUGUUGGUGGCCAUGGUGGCGGUGUCGCGAUGAGUCGAACGGCCAGUGGAAGCGGAAGGGGACGCGGUCGAGGACGCGCAGGUGGUUAGGACGCGUCUCGGCGGCAGUCGGCUUCCUAUUCUACUUGGACGGUCUCUUGACUUGGACGUCACGGUCUCGUAUUAUACCCAUGUCUGGCGUUUGGGGACGCGAUGCAUGUGCGGCGUUGGGCUGGGUGCUGGAUAUAUACUACUGUACUACUCACAUGUACCGAGGUUUUGCUUUGUAGUUUCUUUGUUAUUGCACUUGACUCG